UAACUUUUUAAUUUAAAAUUGUUAAAAAAAACACCGAAAACAGUUUAGUACAUAUCAAGUAAACUGCGCGAACUUCUUGCGCAUCGAACGAAAUCUUCAAUGCGCCGACUCACAGCAGUUUAUUUGGAGACGAUUGAACUAUUCUAAAAAUGUCAGUUCUUGGUUCUCGUAUUUCGUUUUAGUAUCGCCAUUUUGAAGUUUAAGAAGUCGCAAAUAUAUCCACGAACAUCCGUCAUUCGGCGGAAUUUUAAACAAAAAACUCGACUAUUUAAAUUUCGGCUGGUGUACUCGAUAUAAUAAUAUAGGUAUUUCGGUGAUAGUUACGAGAACAAGUGAAGUUGACAGUUUUGUUUUGAUCAGUUAGCGACCAAACUAAAAAUGGCGUGUGCAACAUUGAAGAGAUCUUUGGACUGGGAGCCCGUGCUGGGAGGCCGACCGGCCAAACGGCGACGAUGCGUACCCUUCUGUUCCAGCCCUACGCAAAGCGGCAUAGGAUCUCCGGGCCCGUCGACUAGCCCCAGUGGCUCGUCUUCUCCCAAGAGCUCGGUGUUUCCAGACGUUAAAAAAAUGACCGCUGAAAACCUUAUUGAUAGUCUCAAAGCAGAAAUAAAAAGAUUACAAAAGCGUAAGCAAUUAAACUACAAUAGUAUGGAAACAUCGGACGGCAGUAGUUCAGGUGGCGAAUCUUGCGAAUCUCCUUGUCGUUCGGACAAACCUUUAUUUACGUUUAAACAGGUUGGCCUGAUAUGCGAACGUAUGCUUAGAGAACGCGAAAUAGAAAUAAGAGAGGAAUACGACAAUGUUCUGACAGCCAAACUUGCCGAACAGUAUGACGCCUUUGUUAAAUUCACAUACGAUCAAAUCCAUAGAAAUUAUACCAAUACGCAAGUACCCAGUUACCUAUCAUAAGGUGCGAGGAAGCCGAGGUCGUUUUAGUGCUAUGCCCUAGCUACAUUUUACGUCAUUUAGCAUCGUUUAUAUACAUUCACCUACUUACAUACUGAAGGCAAAACAACAAAAUCAUUUAUAGAUAUAAUAUUGCCUGUCGGAAGAUGCCUUAGAAAUGUAUUUAUUAAUAUAAACGUAACCAUACUUCUUGCUGGCAAACAAUUGUAUAUAUUAAUAUUAUACCAUUUUUUUGUAAUAUGUAUUUUAAGAGUAUGCAUUAUUAUAUACUUGUUAUUUUAUUUCACUUGUACAUAUUUUUCUUUGGUGAAUCCAAAUGAUUUGAGGUAAAUUUAUGUGUCGUUUGUAGUGAUCGUUUAGAAUUAGCAUGAAGCGGUUAAACUAUUUCAAAAAGAUCGAUUACUAACCAAAAGUGUAUUGUAUGACAACUGUGGUGUUAAAAACUUUGCACAUUUACUAGUUCUGUGAGCUUACACUGUACUUUUAUUUCUCAUUUAAUUUUAAAAUUAGCCUACAAAUAUUCAUUUAAUUAUAAUUUAUUUGGAUUCCUAAUUAUUCUUUGGUACUAUUUGAUUUUCUUUAAUUUAUUAUUUUAGUUUUCAGCUUUUCCCUUGUUCUAAUUUAUUCACACGCCAUUUACUUCUGCUUUCUAAUGCAUACUCUAAUAAAAUUAGCGUUUUUAUAAUUUUCUUACAAAAAAAAAGAAAAGCCCAUUAAACUUUUUCCUCAUAGUUGUCAUUGUUCAACAAAUUUAUAAUGAAAGCCUAUAUUUAAUCUCAGGGAAUUAUUUUUUCUCUGAAAAAAAUUGCUUCGUUCUGUGUGUAAUCCAAGUACUUUUCGCACCAGAGUAUUCAAGUUUAUGGAUAAUUUAGGUUUCAUGAGACUGUGUAGUUCGGAAAAAUUAAUUUUAGUCAUAAGGCAGGCUUUAUAAAACCGGGUUUAAUUCGUAAAGUUGUUACCUCUUCACAGUGUUAAAUGGACUGAUUUUAGCUGUAUAUGAGGACUGAAUAUUGACAACAUUCCUUCAAGGAAAUUUUAACGAUUUCAAUGUAUAAAGACGGAAAAAAUGUAAUAAUAUCUAGAUGCGGAUUUCUUUUUUCUACUUAUCAAUAUUGUUUUAGUUUACAAGAUUUUGACUGCAAAAGCGGGCCUAAGGUGAUGUUCUUGUUUAUAAAUGUUAUUUAAUUGAUUUCUACAUAAUGUAAUAGUAAAAUUUGCAAGGUAAUUAAUGUUUGUAAAAUUUUUCUGACUGAUUGUAAAUGAAUUAUUUGCUGGAGAAGGUGUAAUCAAACCUGAAAGCAAUAAACCUUUUGUAUCCUAGUUGUAAGAACUUGAUAGCGUUUUUAUAUUUAUUAAAAGAUAAUUUAUAAUUUUAACUCGAUUUUAGGACCUGCUUAUGUGAUAUGUUCAUUAGCAGCAAAUAAAAUUUUGUAGUAUUUUAUUGAUCACAGCUCGGCCAUUUAAUUUUUCACUGUAAAUGCAAUUGCGCAACUACUCAUUAUUUAGUUUCUAUGAGUUAUUGGCUGUAUCAGUAGAAUUGAGACCUUUGAGCAAUUUAAUUGCUGGAUGGUAUUUUUCUGUCUUUAAAAUAAAUAGAACCUAAGUCUGCUUGUUUGUUACUCGUAUGAUGGUCUCCCAAGAGAUCCAAAUUUAUAAACAUUGGAUAUUACCGGUUUAAUUUUUGUUUUGUCAAAUACAUAGUUGAAAAAUCAUCAAAGAAUUGAAGAGUGUAUUUGAGAAUAAUAAUUAAUUUCUCGCAUCGAUUGUAAUGGUUUUUCAACUAAAUUAGUAUAUAAUUUGUAGUUAAUAAUAGCUAAGGAAGUCGAUAUAAAUAUACCUUGUUUUUUUAUUAAUUAAAAUUUCCUAAUUUGUAACUUAUUGUUUUAUUGGGUGAUUCGCUACAUUACAUAAUGCAAUUUCUAUUAUCUCAUGAUAAUUUGUUUGCGUAUUUUUUGUAGAUCACUUCGAUUCUAGCGGUAAGUCGAAUUCUCAUUCGUUAGUCUUAAGCUAUAUGUAUGUAGGUACUUUUUUUUCGCUUCGUGUGAACACCAAGUGGCUUUUUAUUUAUUUAGCAUAUUCUCUAAGAUUUAGUUUCUGUUACAAAACUUUGUUUACCUCUUUUUAAACGAAAUAUUAGUUAACGAUAAGAAUUAGAAUUAAUUUGUUAAAAAGUCUUAUGAUAUUUAAUAAAAAAGGGCUUAUAAUUUU